AUGGCGGCGGUGCGGGGGCUCCUGCUGCUGCUGUGCGGUGUCGCUCUGGGGCCCGCCGUCCACCUCGACUUCUCCGAGCACCGCAGCCAGGCGGCCAAGAUCAAGGUGAAUCCCCGUGGAAACCUCUGGGCCACAGGUCACUUCAUGGGGAAGAAGAGUGUCACGGGCUCCCCACACCUGGAGUCACCGGAGGAGCCUGCAGUGCCGAUGGUCUUCGGUCCCUCUCUCAGAGCCUUGCUGGAGGAGAUGAUGGAACUGCUGACCCGGGAGCUCCUGAAAAUCCUCUUGCAAGAGAGACUUUUGGAUGAGAACCAAGGGAAAUACGACCUCACUGACCAGGAGACAGGGCUUCUAGCAAAGGUGCUGGAGAAGUAUUUCUCAAACUGAAACAGCCCAGCCAUGGAGGGUGAGGUCUGCAUGGGAAACGGAGGAGAGCCUCGUCCUUGUGGGUUUCUGUAGCAACAUCACUUUUCUUUAUUCUGUCUGUAAUGUGGUGAAUAGCAGUUGCUGGUAUGAACAGAGCCUCCCUGUGUGUGUCCUGUCUGUUUGCUGCUUUCUCCAUG